GGGAAAAAACUACUUUAAACAUACUAUAGCAACAUACGUUUCUGUACUGACUAUAUCUGCCUUCACCUUGGAGCGGUAUUUGGCAAUAUGUCAUCCCCUACAUUUGUAUGCUAUGGCUGGAUUGACGAGAGCAUCACGGAUUAUUCUGGCCCUUUGGGUCGUGGCCUUUAUCUGUGCUUCACCCUUCGCUUUGUAUUCAGACAUCAGUUACAGGGAUUAUCCACCUAAUUCCGGCAACGCUUCAUUGAAUUCAGCCUUCUGUGCUCUAAUGGCGUCCUCCCCACUGUUGGAAUUGAGCAGUAUAUUUUUCUUUUUCCUACCGGCCAUCUUUAUUCUCUGCUUAUACGUGACUAUGGGUUGUCAUAUCAGAUCAACACGCAUCAAUAAGAAAACGAAAGGCAUACUUCAUGGCCAAAUCCACGGAGAGACCCGACAAGUAAAGUCAAGAAAAGCUAUUAUUAGAAUGUUAGUGGCAGUGGUUAUAGCGUUCUUCGUUUGCUGGUGUCCAUUCCACAUACAACGCCUCUUCUAUAUCUACGGUUAUAACUUACCACAGUUCCACGUAAUCAAUGAACACCUGUUCAACGUCGCAGGCGCGUUGUACUACGUGUCCGCCACUGUCAACCCGAUACUCUAUAAUGUUAUGAGUGCAAGGUACCGUCUCGCAUUCAAGGAGACACUUUUUUGUCGUAAGAUAUCCCGAAGAGGUUCGGGUUUCGAUCAAUCUAGACGAGAGACUACAAUGUCUAGUCUGACAAAGGCAAAAUCAAGCUUUUAUCGAGAAACCCGUCACGCUAAGAUAGAUUUCACGAAGAAAGAUCAUGGGCCUUUCUGUAUUGAAACAAAAGUCGACGAAGAAGUUAAAUUUUGUUAUUCCAAUGAUAAUAAACCGAUGCCAAAUGGCGAUCUUGACCCUAUAGAUCAUAAUUAAAUCAGAUUUUUCUCAAAGA